AUGGAACCUUUGUUUUUAGGCCUUGAUUUAUCGACUCAAGGGCUGAAGGCUGUCCUCGUUCAGGAGGAUUGUUCCAUCGUCCACGAGUCUACGGUUCACUUUGACCGCGACUUGCCUGGUUAUGGAACUAUCAACGGUGCUAUUCGAGGCUUAGAGGGCGAAGUUGCGUCCCCGGUAGAGAUGUGGUUGGAAGCCUACGAUCUUAUUAUGACUCGUAUGAAGGCAGCGGGAGUCGACUUCUCUGCUAUCUCAGCCAUAUCUGGGGACGGACAACAACACGGCUCUGUUUAUUGGUCCCACGACGCCGGAGCUCUUCUAGCGAACUUGAAUGCGUCGAAGAAUUUGUCUAGUCAGCUAUGCCCGAAGGCUUUCUCAUUGCAGAAAGCACCCAUCUGGCAAGACUUUUCCACCACUCGUGAAUGCCGUGAAUUGGAAGAUGCCGUCGGCGGCGCCCAAGCCCUCACGGAUAUUAGUGGAAGUCGCGCAUACGAACGUUUUACUGGCUCGCAAAUUUCUAAGAUCCGUAGAAGUAAUAAUGCGGUGUAUGAUGCUACGUCCCGUGUAUCAUUGGUUUCUUCGUUUAUGCCGUCCUUGUUUCUUGGCAAGAUCGCACCCAUUGAAAUAUCGGACGCUAGCGGCAUGAACUUAAUGGAGAUCCUAUCAUGUAAGUGGGACGACAGGCUUAUUGGUGCAUGCGGUGGCCCUGAGUUGCAUGCAAAACUUGGUCCUGAGCCGGUCGCUGGCGGAACGACCCUCGGUACGGUUAGCCCAUACUGGGUAGAAAGGUGGGGCUUCAGUGCACACUGCAUUAUAGCCCCAUUCACUGGUGACAACUCGGCGACUGUGGUUGCACUUUCCUUCCCAGGAGAUGCGUUGCUCUCCUUGGGAACUUCCACCACAUAUCUGCUUUCUAUCCCCCCUUCUCUAACGCCUCCAAAACGGUUCACUACUUCACACCUUCUGGCACACCCUACAACAGCACCAGAUGCUCAGAUUGCGAUGCUAUGUUACAAGAACGGCGCUCUUGCCCGAGAGCAAGUACGGGAUCGGUACACCGGUGGUCAUUGGUCGAAAUAUAAUGAACUAGUAGAGGCCGCACCGCCAGGGUGUAAUGGGUACAUGGGUUUAUACUUUCCAUUGCCCGAAAUUAUCCCUCCGGGUGUCAAAGGCGAAUUCUUCUAUCAAAUAUCAGGUCCCAAUGCCCCAGUGAGGCUAGCUGAAUCUCAAGUUCCUGCUGGCCUUCACCCACGGAUGAUCCUAGAAUCGCAGUUCCUCUCGAUCCGGUCCAGGAUCACCGCUAUUCUGCCCCCUAACGCGCCUCGGCUUUCACGGUUGGUUGUCUCUGGGGGAUCGUCAGGGAAUCAGACUAUUCGUCAGCUGGCCGCAGACCUCUUUGACAUGAAGGUGUAUAUUAGCGCCACGAAGGAAGCUGCUGCGAUGGGUGGGGCAUUGCUGGCACGGUUUGCUUGGUGGAAAGCGACCGCAGCACCAUACGGUACAUUCGAAGAGAUGUGCUCUGGAAUUGACGCCGCAGCAUUUGGGAUGAAGUGUGUUGCAAUACCAAACCCAGAUACUGCGCUAGUGUAUUCGGAACUUGUGGGAUCGUACGUUGCCUGUGAGGGUGCUGUGGUGGAUGCAAGUGGAAUGAGAGGCCUUUGA